AUGUUUGCAGAAAGACGAGAAUUUCUUGCCGCUCUGAAAGAACGGGCAUUAAAUUCAGAAGCUGAGCUCAAAGUAAAUACUGACCAGUCCAUUACACCAGAAAGUGAUACAGCCAUGUUUUCGAAUUUGGAAUGUGAACAACGAGAAAACAGGAAAAAAAAACAAGAAAAUAUCGAUUCUCGUUUUGAUAUUUGUAAAGCUGAUAUUUCUGAAGCUGGUUGUAGCAGAGAUGCACCUAGUGAAAGGAUUACUGAGUUCUUUGGAAGCGAUAUCGACGACAGUGACAAGGAUCCAGAUUAUGAACUUCCUGAAUCAGAUGACUCGAAUAGUAUUCCAUUGGUUUCGUUUGAAAAUACAAUAGAUCCAAAUCAAUUGAAUAAAAAUAAAAAAGGAAGAAAAUCGGUAAAAGGUGAUACUAGAGCAAUGAGGAAAAAAAGAAAAAUGGAAAGAAAUGCAGAAUUUUGGGAGUUAGGGGAUUAUAAUAAAAGGGUUGCUUACUGUUCAAGUCUUAUUUUGAGGCAGGAAAAAAAGACAAUGAAACUUAAUUCAUCAAAAACAAGAGCUUGUAGCUAUCAGUAUCACUUCAAGAUCGCAGGUGAGCUCGUUGAAGUUUGUAAACAGUGCUUUCAAAAAACAUUUGAUUUGUCGAAUAAGUUUAUAGAAAAUGUUAUUACAAAAACUAGCUUUUCCGGUAUAACAACAGAAGAUAAAAGAGGAAGCCAUAUACCUGCGAAUAAAAUAAAUUCAGACAGAAUUGACAUGAUAAAGCAACAUAUAGGUCUUAUACCUACAUACAAAAGUCAUUAUUGUCGUGAAAAAACUGGAGAUAGACGUUUUUUGCCUUCUUUUUAUACAUUGACCAGAAUGUAUGAUGAAUAUAAAGCUUGGAUCCAACCUCAAAGUCCCGUAAGACACACAAGAAUGGAGUGUGAUAGCGACCAUUCGAUAAUUGAAAAAAAAAAGAAAAAAUAUGAAAGCCGAAUUGAACAUCCAAGAGACUGGUAUCAACUUGUUCGACUGUGUGGUAAAAGAUAUCCCUUUAAGGUUCAAGAAAUGACUAGAAAUGAUUUUAUUGAUUUUGCAAGUUUACUAAAGAGUUCAUUACAAGUAAGAAAGGUAGAUAAUGACGGUAACCGCUUUAUUUGGAAAGAUGUCAAAUGGAUUAGAUAUCAAAAAGAAUUUGGACUGUUUUCGUAUAAAAAUAGUUACAAAGAAGAUGAACCAUUUAAAACAAUGAAUUUUCUUAGAAGAGGUUUCUCAUCUCCUCCAUUAAAUCUACCAAAAUGUAAAUAUCCAAAUCCAAUUUCUUCAGAAAAAAAAAGUAAUCUAAUGGAUUUAUUACCAUACAUAGAUGACGUAUUUCACGAUUUCUAUAAAAACUUACCUACGCAGACCGAUGUUGCAGACUACUGUUCAGAAGAAGAAGAAGAUAUACUAGAUGACGAUUAG